CCUUUUUGUUUAGGUAUAUAUCACAGAGUGAAUAGGGGAGGACUCCAGGCAGACACCAUGGGUGUUUUUCUCACUCUGUCCACCUCUGCUGCCAUUGUUCUUCUGAUAAUCCCUGGAGAUUUGUGCGUGGAUAUCAUCGGAGGACAUGAAGUAACACCACACUCGAGACCAUUUAUGGCCAUGCUCAAAGGAGAAGAUUUUUGUGGAGGAGCUUUGAUCAAGCCAAACUGGGUGUUAACAGCUGCUCAUUGCGAUCUGGAAGGAGGCACAGUUAUUCUUGGAGCCCAUUCACAGACAAAAAGGGAAAAAGAAAAACAGGUUAUUAAGAUUGCAAAAGAAAUUCGCUACCCAGGCUACUCUUGCGGACAAGAAGAACAUGACAUUAUGCUGCUGAAGCUUACGAAAAGAGCAAAAAUUAAUAACGCUGUGAAAGUAAUUCCCCUGCCUACCUCUGGUAAAGAUCUCAAACCAGGAACAACUUGUAGAGUAGCAGGAUGGGGACAAACUGAGAAUUACAUGAAAAAAUCUGAUACCCUGAAAGAAGUUAACGUCACUGUCAUCAGCAGAACAAUCUGCAAUGACAAGAAACAUUACAAUUACAAUCCUCGUAUAACAAAUAACAUGAUAUGUGCAGGAGGAUCCAAGAGAGAAAAAGCAGACUCAUGCGAAGGGGAUUCAGGCGGACCCUUAAUAUGCAAUAAUGUGAUGAAAGGUGUCACAUCUUUUGGGAAGUCACCAUGUGGUUCUCCUAAUGGUCCUGGUGUCUACACUCUCAUCACAAACCAGUACCUUAAGUGGAUAAGGAAAACCAUAGACGGAGACUUACAGACCGAGUUUUGACCAAACUAUUUCCCACUUUGUGAUUGUGCAACAAAAUCUAGCUUUGAAAUAUGCACUCUGCUAGAACAGCUUUUGUAGUUUACAAAGCUAUGGAGUCCAUUUGUGACUCAAGCUUUCCGCUUCCUUGCGUUGUGCAUUCAAACUGAGCUUUACAUAGAUGAGUACUUCUGACCAACUGUCAAAUCAAAGUGUAAUUUCUACCUUUCAUUUAUUUGAAGCUUCUGCAUGUCAACUCUGCAUGUAAUCUGCAUUAAAUAAGAGAAAUAGCAAUAAAAUCUAUUUCUCAAAGUUGUCA